AUGAUCAGUGAGAAAUUUGCUGAGGCCGGCCACCCUCUCAAAACCUUGAACAGUAGGUGGCUGACCAUGUUGGACAUCCUGUAUGCCGAGAAGCUUUGCAUACAUGAUUGGCCUGCCGGUGUUCCCCCGCCUGGCCCCGAUUUUGAUCUCAAGGCUCUAUCUGCAAGUCAACUACAUGCGUUGGUUGCUCCAUAUCUCAGGAUUCAUCUUGGAGCCAUGUAUGAGGCCAAGUUAGGCCUUGAUGAUGAUGAUGACAACAGCGAGGCAGAGGCAGCGAAGGUGAAGAAGCGCAAAGGCGAGUCCAAGAAGUCAGGUGACAAGGGAAGGAAGAAGGAGCCGAUUGCAAAGGAGCCAAGCGUAGUAUUGCAUAUCAGCAGAUGGCCUGAAAGUGAUAUUCUUGCUCUUGAGAUGCAGGCCUCAAACGUGUGUCUCAUCCCGCUCGUCAUCGACACUGACGGUAGGGUCGUUCACACCCUCCAAGACUCGGAGAAGUUCAUCAAGGACCUUCCACAAGACGACACUCCUAGACACUGCACCAAUGAGGUAAUCCAAAAACCCGCAAUCUCUAAUUCAGCAGCUUCGCGCUCAACUAUUGGAGCUUCAUGCUCAACUAUGGGAGCUUCACACCCCAAUCAGGAAGCUUUGUGCUCCAAUCAGACAGCUUUGUGCUUCAACAAUGCAGCUCCGAGCUCUCAUCAAUAUACCAACCAAUUUAUCCAUGAGGAUCUCCUGCCUUCAUCGCCACCCCAGGAAGCCCCACACUUGCGUCGACCUACUAACCGAGUCUUUGAUGACCUCCUGCCUUCGUCACUGUCAAUGCCAUCUUCACAAUUCUCAUCUCCCCCUCCUAUUUCACACUCAUCAACUCCUGUGACAACCUCAGAUUAUUCGCAUGUCCAGUCCCGCUCUUGA